UUUGACUUGUUUUGUUGAGAGUUGAGUUUAGUUUGAAGUUAAGUAUAGGCUACAAUUUCAUUUUCAUACUUUAAAGUGAUCGUAAAUUGAGUAAUAUUAACAAUAUUUGUUACAGAUAUUAAUAUUUUAGGAUCCGUUAUGGAAGAUCCAUCCGAGAUGUUACACAGGCUAAUGUUGGAGGACAAGCCUGCUGUAGAUCGAGUGACCGAGUGUUUUCGAUCUCUCCGCAAUACGUGUGCCGGCAACAGUUCAGCACAGGAAGAGCUGGGUCAGCAGGCUGAGGUGUUGCAAGAUGCUGACUCCGCCAUCAGCAUGGGGCUGAGUACAACGGACAGUGAGGAGUGGAACUUGUGUCUUCGUAUCAGUGCACAGUUUCUGGGCAAUCUCACAGUCAACAACACUAAGAACCAGGAGAUCGUAUGGGCGCGCUUUUGUUUACAGUUAAAGAAAAUGGCCCAACAUGGAGACACAAAACUGACCAACACCUGCCUAAUGGUGAUGUACAACAUUCUUUUGGGCUGUCCCAACCUAACAUCAGACUUGGUGAACGACCAGGAGUUCGUCAGAAUAAUCUGUGAUAGUGGAGCUGAUGGCAUGGAAUUUGCACAAUAUAUUGUUGAACACAUGCUGACCCAGGAUGUGGACUGGUCAAAAGUGUACACUACAAAUAUAUCUGUUGGAGGCAGACUAUUUAUCCUUGACGUAGUAGAGAACCGGUUGAAGCAGUCCAAUAACAGCAUACCUGUGAGCCUGGUUACCCAGCUGGCUUCUCAGUUCUGCCAACACUCUGAGUGUAUCCUGCGCACUGUGGCUGACAGUGUGGAAGCUCUGGAACCUAUUGAAGUGGCAACACUGCUGCAACUAUUGGCAUCCUGCUCUGCCCAUCCUCCCUACCUCCAAGCUCUUCAGAGUUAUAGGAACUUCUUCAUCAACUGUGCUUUCCUGUUGAAGAGUAUCCACAUGGCUGGCAAAGAGCAAAACAACUGUUUCUCCACAGUUCCGAAACUCUCUGAAGCUGAUGAUAAGCUGCAGAACCACCCAGCUUUUGGGUUCAAGGCUAAUCUGGUGCGAGUGCUUGGCAAUUUGUGUUGGAAACACAAAGAGAACCAGGAUAUGAUGAAUGAGCUCAGCAUAAUACCACUGCUUCUGGAUUGCUGUAAUAUUGAUGCCAGAAAUCCUUUCAUCAUACAGUGGGUGGUAUUGGCUGUGCGGAACCUCUGUGAGGGCAACAAGGACAACCAAGCGGUGAUAGCAGGCAUGAGCCGGCAGGGACUGGUGGAGUCUGCUGUUCUGACAGAGCUGGGGAUAACUCUGCACACCGACGAGGACAACAACACGGUUCAUAUCGCACCCUUCCAUCCUAGAUAGAACUGUAGCUGGCUUGUCAAAAUAAUUGAGUGUGAGAAGUAUGACUUAAAAACAGGGAACACUAUACACUGUAACAGUGAUUAAUUAUUAUUUUAUCUUCACUUUUGGAAUCUUAACAAAAAAUAUGCCAAAGAAUUUCUUGGAUAAAAAAUUGCAGUACAGAAGUUUAUAUACAUAAACAAUAAAUUAAAUAUUUAUUGAGCUCACCUGGUAAGUAAAAAAUCUGUGAGAGUAAUUUUUAUUCAACAAUCUUUCUUGGAGUUAAGUUAAGUGGAGUGGAGUUAAGACUAUUGCCACUUAUACAAAUUUAAUAAUUAUUAAAAGUUGUUUGGCAGAUAAUUUAUCUUCAUCAUGUUAGUUUGAUUGUUUAAAGGCAUGUAUAACGUAAAAAAAACCCAAAUGAAAAGGAAUUGGUGGACAUAAAUGUGAGCUCUGUGACAUAAGGUAGGCACAUGCUUGCCUGAUAAUUAAGAGAUCCAAAUCAAGACCAAGCAUAGUAAAUAUUUUUGUUCAUGAACUUGGCUUGAAAUUAAACUAGGACAAUUAAUUAUUUGUACAGAUUUAAUGAAUAUAUAUUAGACAAGUAUUUAUUUCGCACAAAUUUGGUUUUAGUCACUCUUUAGUUUCAUAAUGUCUUGUUUAUGAGAUGUGUACUAUCUGUGGUCUAAUGUAUUCAAGGUAAAAAUGAAUGGAUACAUUUAUAAUAUACUAUGUGUUCCUAUUAUAGUUGUUUGUUUUUAGUCUUGUUAAAUUUAUUUAUUGUUUUUAUAUUCAGUGCAGUAAAAUUGAAGUUAUUUUACUUUAAGA